UCUCGUCUCAUUCCAAAGUGCGAUUGCACGUUCGUGCAAGUGCAGUUUAAUUUUAAUAAUUCCGUUUAGUCACAGGAACAAUGAGUGAAUUAACUCCCGAAGUGAAAGGUCAAAUCGCCACGAUGGAGGCAACACUUGCAGAGGCUGAAAAGUUUUUUAAGCCUUUAGAGCAGGUGGAAUAUGAAGGUGUCACGGGUGAUUUGGAAUCCGAAGAUCGGGCAAGAUAUGAUCUCACAGUUUUGUACGCUGUAAAUUCAUUAUUUUGGAUGUUGAAACGGAGUUGUGGGGAGGAUCCUCAGAAUCAUGGGGUCAAGGGGGAGAUGGAUAGAAUAAAGGAACGAAUGUUACGUCUGAAAGAGAUUCAGGACAAGGUCAAUAUGCCAAGGGUCAACAAAGGGGCUGCGGAACGAAUCGUCAGACACGAGCUGAACCUUCAUAAAAACGUCAAAAAGCGAUUAAAACCUCCACGAGAGGAAAAUUGGGAGAACGAAAAGAAAGAGGCAGCGGCCGAACAAACCGGAAAUAUUACUGAUCGUGAGCUACGAACGCGGCUGUAAAUAUGUACAUAUAUGGGUGGAUAAUAUGUUAAUUAGUUUUUUACAUAAAUAUACUGUAUAAUACAAAGAAUUUAUUGUCAUUUGUAAUUAUUACAAGAUUGGAAAAUAAAAUUUCCCACGGGGAAAUGUGUUUUUUUUUA